UUCAGACACAUGACUCAUCAACCUUUGGUGAAGUUGUAAAUAUAUCUGUCUGUUUCCUUGUUCCUGGUUUGUUGCUCCAUUAGCUGCUGAAAGGCAUGAUGGGAAAGGAAGUAAACAGCAGCAGGAUUGAUUGUGUGUGUGUGUGUGUGUGUGUGUGUGUGUGUGUGUGUGUGUGUGUGUGUGCGUGCGUGUGUGUGUUUCCAUGGCGACGGUCAGGUCAGUUUAAUGUGUAGAGACAAUGAGGAAGUGAACUCUGAUCUCAGGUGUUAUUGUGACUCAGACUCGGACAGAGAACAGGACUGAAGAAUCUGCUGUGGUUUAACGGAAUCGGACCUGAUAAAGACCUGGACCUGCUGUGGAGAGAUGAAGCUGGAGGUGCGGAUUCAGCUGCUGAAGUUCUGCUCUCAGGUCUUUAACUGCGUCUUCCUGGCUCUGGGUCUGAGUGUAGCCGGAUGUGCAGUCUGGAUCCUGUUUGGCACAGGAAGCCUCCUCACCAUCCACCCGUCAGAUGAGCUGCGCACUGUGGGGGCGGGGCUGUUGCUGAUUGGUGGAGUGGUGCUGCUGGUUGCUCUCAUUGGAUGUUUGGGAGCUGCUGGAGAGAAAAGAAUCCUGCUGCUGAUGUACAUGGGCUUCCUCAUCGUCCUGGUCCUGGGUCAGCUGUUUGUCACACUGUUGCUUCUUGUAAGCAAAGACAAGAUUGAACGGACUCUGGAGGACACAGUGGAUCAGAUCAUCCUUCAGUACAGAGGAAGCAGUGAGAGUACGGACAGAUUCAUGGACGACGCACAUCGAUAUGGCGCGUGCUGUGGCAUAAACGGCCCUGCCGAUUGGCUGAAGAACUCUUAUAUCAAGAGUCUGAACCUGACCAAUCCAGAUGUACUCCCUUGUUCCUGUUUUAGCUCGUAUCGUCCCAGCUUUAACUCGCCCUGGUGCUCCGAGCUGCUCAACUUCACUGCCCCAGUGUACGGACGAGGAAACACCUCGUAUGAGCAGGGAUGUAAAGAGAAGCUCAGUGAUUGGCUGCAGGAAAACGUUUUGACGGUCGUUGGCAUGGAUGUCGGUCUCAUGUUAAUCCAGGUCGUUCAGUUUGUCAUCAUGGUGUACCUGUACCGCGCGUUUGGCAGAAAUGCCGCUUUCAAAAGACCUCUGGUUGACCCUGACCACUCCCACCUGGACCACACCCCUGAAGAUGAGCUGGACUAUGGAGAGCAGAACUACGCUUACAUAGAGCCUGAUGAUGGUUACAUAGACCCCAUCCACCCAGAACAUCACCAUGACUACCUAAACCAUGUAGACCCCGCCCACCUGGCUUAUCACCAUGACAACCAACACUGAAAUUAUGGCACCGGAAGCCAGCCCAGGAUAGUUCUUCUAAUCUAUACUACAAAUAAUGACAACGUCUGUAUUUAUAUGGUUGUAACUGAAACCCCAGAUGUUAAAGGAAUUUUAAGAUAAUGUUUUUAUGGAAUCUGAUUAAUCGUUAUGUGACGUCUAGAAUAAAUUAAAUAUCACAUAUGAUAUGUGUAUAAAAAAGAAACACAGAUUUGAACUAAAACAUUUUGUUAAAUAAAGCGGUGGUUUGUUGGAUUGUUUUAUAA